GAAAUUCUCUCUCCAACUCUCACACUUUCAGACACGCACUCUUUCUCUCUCUCACAUCCCGAAACAAUCGAAAGCCCCAUCUUUUAUUUCUCACUCCUUCUCUCUCCUCACUUUCUCUCUCUAGGGUUUUCGUGAUUUUCGCACUCAAAUUCUUCUCUCUGAGCUGCGAAUCGCAUCGCCCAGCUUAGCUCGGUGCCUUAUCGGAGUAGCGCUCUAUCAAACGGCGUCGUUUUAUGGCUUAGCCGUUGAAGAAUCGAUGACCAGCUUCGCUAGAGAGCGAGAUCGAGUGCCGUUGCCUUCAGGUUGCGCUUCUGAGCCCUAAUGUUCCCAAUUCGCUGGUUGUUUGGGGUCAAUUUUUCUUUCUUGUUGGCUCUUUGGCGUGUUUUCGGGGUGAUUUUCUUGAACCACUUCCCAAACAAGCUGGUUAUGGUGGUGAAUCUUGCGAUGGUUGAACUUCUUGUGAAAACCCUAGUGGUUAUGUAUCUGAAAUAAGAAAGAAAGACUGGAAAAAAUGUUGGCCAUUUCCAGUAAAUGAGUCUGAGGAAAAUCCAUCGCUUCCACCACUUGAUGUACCAACAUACAGAUGUUUUGGUUGUGAGAGCUGUCAUCAAGAAAGUGUAACUAAGGACAUGGAUAAAGAUGGCCAAACAGACUUCAAUUGUUGCAGUAGCGGUUGCAAAUCUGAUACAAACUGUGGUAAAGCAGCUGUCAAGUCUGGUGUUCAGCAAGAUCCCAUGCCUGACAUCUCUGAGAGAGUGGAGAUUGAUCUUAAUACUAAUCUCAACUGUGUCAAUGAUUGCCUACCCAUUACUAACGAGAGAGAGAAGCAACCUGGAUUUUCACUCAGCAGAAUGAUAGGUGACCUUGAGAUUGGCUUGGAUGAUAAUCCCAAUCAGCUUGGCCUGGUACAAGAAUUUCAUCUAGCUAAAAGAGGCUUUGAAUGCGAACAAGUUUCUGAUGUUGAUCCUACUGUCAAUCUCAAAUAUAUGGAGAAUAGUUCUGCUGAGAUUUGCAAUGGCGGUCCAUCUUCUGUUGAUAGUCAAUGCCAGAAAGAAUUACAAGGAGCUUGUACAAUUUUGAGGGAAGGCACAUCAACAAUGGAGGCAGACAAUCACACAGUUGGAGAUCAUAUAGAGUUGGCUGAUAGUGAUCAUACUGUGCCAGCUAGUAUGGAAAAUAUUGUUGAAAAUGAUUUUCAGGAUCAUGAUCACCAUUUAGAAAAGUCCACUGGAUUGUCCCGUAGGAGACCACGGAAGGUGCGCUUGAUGAGUGACUUAUUAAGUGAAAAUGGUGAGCUGAAGAUUGGGCAAACUGCUACACAAGGAUCCCCUUCCCAUGGUAUUUCCAAAGCUUCUGCUGCAUCUGAUUCUCGCUUAAUUUUCCCAGGGAAGGUGGAUAUGCAAGGUUUGACAAAUAAUUUGGGUCAGAAAAAAAGGAAGCUUCCCCCUGAUGAGGGGCGGAGACCUGCAGAUAUGUGCGAACAGAGGGUUGACACUGAAGUUCAAAACUUAGAGCGUGAUGCAGAAACAAAUAAUGCUGUUCUGGAUGGUAGAGCCAAUUCCAAAGAUGUACUGCAAGGAAUAGAUUUGCAAGAUGCCACCAAGGCCUGCUGGAGUAAACAUGAAACUGAAAGAAGUCAUAUAAUGGGCAAGAAGAAGCAUAGAAGAAUUCAAGUCACUGAUAAACACUUGAUUCCUGAGCAACAGCAGGGACACCAUAGAGAAGAUGAUGAUCCAGUGGAUGCAUACAAGGCAUAUGCAUCUAAAACUAUUUCUUCAAGAUUAUCACCUCGCGCUUUCACAGGAAAAGGAAUGGAUAAUUUUCCUUUCCAUGAUGGCGUAAGAUUUGAAAAUGGGUUUAAUUUUUCCAAUUUUUCCAAAGGUAAAGGCAAGAUACUUCAAACUGCAGCAGAGCUGGAUCCCUUAUUUUGUCGGAAAACUGACAUGCUUCUAGAAGAUUCAUAUCCCUAUUCAGGGGGAAAAAUCAUUCCAAAUAUUCCUGGUGAUAUUCCAGUUCCUUUACACCAUGGUAGACAGACUUCCCAAGGACUGGAAGAGGGAGUUCAUCUUUCUUUAAAUAACUAUUUGGCAACACAGGUUUACAGCACAAAAUGUAUCCAUCAAAUUGAAAAUCGUCUACCUCUCUCAUUGACAAUGCAAGAAGGCACUUCAAAUAUACAUCAGCUUAAAAGGAAAGACAGUGAAAUCAAUGCUUUUGGAGGGCCUAGCAUUCCUUCUAAACACACAAAUUCUAUCUCUGCAGGAAAAGGAGCUCAUCUUGAAGAAAUCGCAGGUGCAAGAAUCAAAGAGAAACCUGUUGAAGGUGUAGAGAAUCUAGGUAGUAUGAAAAGAUACGUUGAAAAGACAACAGAGUUAUCCGAGCCUGGAACACUGGAUGAUAUACCGAUGGAAAUUGUGGAACUUAUGGCAAAGAAUCAAUAUGAGAGGUGUCUUCCUGAUGUUGAAAAUAGAAGCUCCAAGUUGGAAAAAUCGACUGCUAGAAGGAAAGCACAGAUGACUUCUGGCAGUGCCAUGCAUGAGAUGGGGGUGAGGUUGUUAAAAGAGAGUCAGAAGGAUAAAUCUCAUGGAAUACCUAAGAAACAUAACAUGGUAGAAAGAGAGAAUUUGAAGCCUUGCAAAAGAAAGCCUGUUCACUACUCUUUUCCAUUUGAUGGAAACAAUUUGAGUAUGAAUAAUCUGUGUCCACCUCAACUGCCCUUUGAAUUUGAAGUUUCCCAAUCCCAAAAGAAGUCACCAAGUGGAUUCCAGUUUUCACCUAUGGGUCCUUCUCACCAGCUUGACAGUACUCGAAGUGGCAAGUUUAAUUUGAGUCUUGAAGAGCGUGGAUCCUCUAAUUUGGAAGGACAGGGAGGAUGUAGCUUACACAAGACAAUCUUACAGCAAGAUGGUGAGGUUUCUCGUAUUUGGGCAUCUUUGACUCCCAACCAUAUCUCCCUAGGAUAUGAUGUGCCCAAAAAAGUUGUUUCUCAGGCUACCAGUAGUAACAUGGACAUGGCUUCACUCAGAUCUAAUUCACUUCAUAAGCAGAACAUGAAGAGAGAUGUUGAUCUUAACUAUAUAAAUCUGAAUGUUGCUAGUCUAGAAAAGCUGAAUAGGAAUAGAAGUGCUGGAACUUUCAGCAGAAUAAAUGGUGAAUAUUCAUAUCCUUGCAAACACAAGGGAAUGGAUCAUCAUCAAAAUUUGAGGGGAUCUCUUGAUUUGUAUUCCAAUGAAACAAUACCUGCGAUGCAUUUACUUAGCCUCAUGGAUGCAGGCAUGCAGUCACGUACGCCAUUCAAUGUCAGUGGUAUAAAUGGUGAAAUGCUUAAAAGAUCCCCUUGUCCUGGUGAUUGCAAUACUACGUUGGAGAUAGGUACAUCAAAGGUCCAUAGUAUUCAGAAAAGGCAAUCCUCUGAUUAUUUGAGAAAAAAUUAUUUGUCAGAGAAACCACAUAGUUGUUUUCUUGGCUCUCCUACCUUUGGUGCAUCUUCAUCAACCCAGCAUGAUACUAAAAUAUUAAAAGCUGCUGGAUUCAAUGGUCAAAAUUCAACAAAGUCAGGAAGGAAAGAAAAGAUCAAGAGUCCCAACCCAAUGGUGCAGAAUCAGUUUACUAAACCGUUUAGCUGGCCUCACUUUGAAACAGAAACUCCACUGAAAUGUAAAAUAGAUGUUCAUAGUGCUCAAGAAACUCCAGUGCCACCGAAAAUCAUUCCUGGAAAUUUGUGUAUGGUUAACAAAAACCCAGCUGAUUUCACCAUGCCAACUGGAAAUGUCUACAUGAUCAGAGGAGAAGAUCUAAAAUUUGAGAAAAGUAUUCUUAAGAAUAAACCUCACAUCUCUACUUCACAUGGAUUCAAGCAGCAGAGGAAUUCAAAGGGUACUAAAAUGAAAGAGCUUUCAAACCAUUAAACCUGCCAUUAGUCCUCAAUAUGUUUCAAAUAGGUGGAGCCCUUUCAUGCAACAACAUAAAUGGAUACCAUUUUCAAUGUAGAAGCAGCUGAUAUUCGACUCGGAUACUGAAAUUCAUCGAUUUGAGCGGACUUGGCCAGAAAAAGUUGAAAGGCUAAGUGAUAUAUGAUUAAACAAUCCAAGGCAAUAUCAAGAAUCUAUAUAUAAUUAACCUGUUGUAAUUAGUUUUGAUGUGAGCUAAAGAUGUGUUGGUGUAUUAUGUUUCUUGUCAUAAAAUUUAUGGGAGUUAAAGUCAUUUUGCUGCCAUAAAGUUUAAGGGGAAAGUAGCCCCUUUGAGACUUGUAAUACUCUGGUUACAUUUACACGAGUGCUAAAAACCAAGUUAAAUGAUAUAAUUUGUUGUUUAGAUAUGAAUUCCUUUUAAUGAACUUGUAACUCCUCUCUUGGAUCCAA